UGGUUCAUAAGCGGCAACGUAUUCCGUAUUUUGGGGUUUUGCUAAUAAGCAGACGAAAAAAUAGCUGAUGUCAAAGCAAACCUAAAUAGCACAUGUAACUCAAAUGUGUUAAAUAACACGUGUUUUGAACGGCACGAUAUGUUGACAACUAUUGAGUAUUACAGUAUUCCUACCGGUUCAACCUUAUCUGACAUGUGAUAGCCUCGGCCUACAGUAUCUAGUAUCGAUAGUGAAACAAGUUUUCAUAGCCCUUUUCAUAGCAGUGCCACCAGUUGAUGAGAUAAGGCUGUGCUGUCGCCACGUGGGAACAUGGAGGUCCUGACCAUCGUAGAAGUUGUUACUCAGAUUGUUACAUAUCUUAUGUUUGCUAGUGGAAUACCACCGUGCUUACAUAUGUACAGAACCAAAAGUACCAAGAAUGUGCCUUUCACUUUUUUUGCCCUUGGAGUAGUUAAUGGAUUUACAGGUCUGCUGUAUGGUUACUUAUCAAAUCUGCCACCAUUGAUCUAUGUAAACGCUGUCGGUUUGACCCUCAAUUGUAUCUAUGUGCUGACGUACCUAGCUGUCUGUCAGUCAAAGGGUAGUACUAUAGCCCAGCUGGUAUCACUGUGCAGUCCACUGGUGCUAUACUACAAGUACAUAACCUCCCAAGGAAACAGCGAACCAGUCGUACUUGAUCAACUUGGAGCCUUCAUGUUCUUUGUGACAGUCUGCUUGAUGCUGUCUACCUUCCUUGAAGUAAUCCAGUGUGUACAGGAGAAGAGUGUGGAUGGUCUGUCAAGAUCCAUGCUGUAUGUUGGUCUGUCCUGUUGUCUGUGCUGGCUCAUCUAUGGAUUCAUGCUUGAGGACUUCUACAUCUAUGCACCAAAUGUGAUUGGUAUUGCUGCUAGUAUUUGGAAAAUUUUCCUGAUUUUCAUUUAUGGAGGAAAAUCUAAGAAGAUCGACUGACCAUAUUGAUUUCUCCCAAUCAUACUCAGACAGGCAGUGGUCUUUAUUCUCCUGUUAAGAUACUAUUCCAGGAAUAUUUUAUAAGUAUGUACAUGUAUAUCUAUAGAGAAAGAAAAUGUUUAUGUUUCUUGUCUGACCUAUAUGAUAUUUUCCCAAGUGCCUCUAUUAAGAUUUGACGCCCCCAUACAUACUGAAACAUGCAGUACUCAUGAUGACAUUUGAAACAUGGUCACCAGGCAGACACCUUUUGUUCGACAGUUGAAGAUUGUUAAUCAAUAUUUCUCAGAAAGUAAAUUUAAAUACAGAUCUUUCUCAAAUUUCAUCAGUAGGUUAAUUCUGUUCUCUAGUGUUGCGUACGGUAUGUUUCAUUUUGAGUUAAAACUGCUUGAUUAGAAGAAAAUAUUACCACUAGAAAUCAGAAAUCCCUAUUUUCUAUAUUUUGCGUAUUGCAGAGUUAUCUUCUUUUGUGAGCAGGUAUUGAUUAUUACGUCAUUUGA